AUGGAGUGGUACACGCGGAUCACUCACAGCUUGAUUGGCAACCCCGCGAGGCCUCGUGCAGAUGGCCGAGGAUAUGCAACACUCACAGGACAGUAUGAGGCGUUGCUAUGGACCGUACAGAGGAUGCGCUGGGAGAGCUUGGACCAUAUGGAUGCCCCCGAGACAGCGGGAUAUGCAACGCGGAUGGUUCAGCUAGCCGAGGGCGGUGGUAGUGGCGUGGCGUGGGGAGGGUGGGGGGGAAGGGCGAGGGCCGGUGCUCGAGAGUGUAGGGGUAGAGGGGCUGCUGGGCGAGGUGGUAGGGCCAGAGGGGCUGGUCACAGAGAAGAUGGGGCCAGAGGGGGUGGUGGUCUAGGUAGCACAGAGCUGGACUUCAAUUACUUAUUCGAGGACUUCGACAUGUCUCCAGCUCCGUGGCCCGCUCAAGAGACCGCUGAGGAGCCAUCUCAGGAGCCCUUCGACACACGUGUUCAUUCUUCUGCACCUGUAGACCCGUCUCCUGCUUCGGCACCAUCUAUAUCUCCGGCUCCGGGGCCCGCUCAAGAGACCGCUGAGGAGCCAGUUCAUUCUUCUGCGCCUGUGGACCCGUCUUCUGUUGGGAUUGAGUCAUCUCCUGAAGCUCAUAUUUCGGCCACGGUCGUCUCCCAUAGGAGGAAACAUAUUUUGAACAAGCCCCCAAGGAAGGGAACGCAGGAUGAUCAUGGCAUAAAGCAUGUACGGAUUAAGAGAAAGAAGGGGGAUGGAGAUGAUGGUGAGGGUGGUAGGGUUCGCCUUAGGCCUAAGGUUAUUCUAAAGGCUCCCACAUGUGGGACCUAG